CGCCCGAACUUAUACUUCGGUAGACAACGGAUUUGGUGAACCUUAGCCAGUCGUUGAUCAUUAUUCACGUUUCCCACGGAUAGGAAUGUAUAUUCCAUGCGGCUAUAAUGUAAAAUUGCUUUUGUCUAACUGUUUCUGAUUAAACAAUGAAUGAAAUGGCAUGUUUCCGUAUCUGAAAUACAAUGGAAAGCCAUUCCGUUUUUAUUGGUCAUUAUAUCGCGUCUGCCAUGGAGGCAUAGAGAACUGAACCAAACCUCUGUCGAUUCAGUAUCACAAACGCUGUUCCAGGUUGAGUUACUAUGAACGGUGAAAGUGACUACGUACAAUUUUCUUCCGACACUCAGGCGUGUAUCAAUUCGAUACCGGAGGUGUCGAGAGAGAAAUAUAAAAAAGCCUACAAAUCCUUCACUGAAUGGCAAAAAGAAAACAAUCUACCGUCGAAUUCCGAGAACGUUUUGCUGGCAUAUUUCGAUGAAUUGUCGAAGAAAUUCAAAUCGUCAACAUUAUGGGCGCAGUACUCCAUGUUACGGACCAUGAUGAAUAUCAACGAUAAUAUAGACAUUGGAAACUAUUGCAAAGUGAGAGCAUUCUUGAAGAGGAACUCAUGCGGAUACAGACCGAAGAAAUCCAAAAUAUUCUCCUCUGAUGAAAUUGACAACUUCAUCAAUAAUGCUCCUGAUGAAUUCUAUUUACUUGACAAGGUUCUUUUAAUAAUGGGCAUCAUGGGAGCCUCCAGAAGAGACGAACUGUACAAAAUGAAAACGACAGACUGCAGAGAUUUGGGAUCGGCGGCAGUCCUCGUUCGGAUACCGAACAGAAAAACCAACGUUUCUAGGAAAUUCACCUUAACUGGCCUUUUUUACGAUGUCUACAAAAAGUACAGGGAGCUCCGACCCGCCGAGGUGGGUCACAACUACUUCUUCCUGAAUUACCAGAAAACGAAAUGCUCGGUACAAAGGGUCGGCAUCAAUAAGAUUGGGUACACGGGAAAACGAAUCGCCGAAUACCUUAAACUUCCGAACCCCGAACUGUACACCGGACAUUGCUUCAGGAGAUCAUCCGGAACGAUCCCGCCGGGUAGAGGACUUAGAUCACUGAAGCGAUACGGAUGCUGGAAUCUGCAGACUCUCGAGGAGAGUGACGACGAGGAGUCGAUGAACGAAAAAAUUGAUUCAGGCAGUGGUAUUACGACUCGCAGAGCGACAAAAGCUUUUCAAUCAGUUGAACGACAGACCAAUCAGCACGAUGACCACGAGGCUACGCAAUCUGAUCACAGCGAAAAUUCCAGAACCUCAACCCCUACGAAACUUGGCGGAAACAAGGAGAAUAGCAGAAAGAAUCAAAAACGACCCGUCGACGCUUCCGCAAUCAAUGAUGUGAUAAGGAAGCUUCGAAAAAUUUCGGACGAUUGUAACCAGUACUCAAACGAAUUCGAUGUGUUCUGCGACAGUCUGGCUAUACAGUUGAAGAAAAUGCCCAUAGACAGGGCUCUUAUAUGUCAAGAAAAGCUGCAGAGCGUGAUGACACAGGAACGUCUCUACCAAGUUACGCAAACGGAGCAAUCGAACUCCUAUGAUUAUGACCAAUCGCAGAUAGCUGGUAGUUCGAAUACGUACCAGUACAUGAAAUCAUCGCCGCCACCCGACCCUGAAGAUAAACCGGGAUAUUACAGCGAAACAUAGAGGCGGUUUUUCAGGGCUAGUCCUGAGCAGAUGGGCCACGCUAUCUUUCUACUUGACAAUGGUUUUAUGGCGGGAGUCAUAAGGAAUGUCGACGUUGUAUAUAAGUUUU